AUGAAGAAGUGCUUAUGGUUUAUCACAAUCAACUCAUUGAUACUACCAAAUCUUUAUGCUCAUUUAGCGCAGGAGGUGGGGAUCAACUUUGGUGAGAGAUUUAUGAGAUAUAUUGUUGAAAACACCCCAAUGAUGGGAAUUAAAAGUAUUAAACACCAAAAUAUUUAUGAACCAGUGAAUUUUAGAAAAUUGGUAAAACAAACAAAUGAGUUAAUUAUAUCAGAUAAGAGAUUUUGGGAAGGGAAAAUGAAGAAUAUGCUAAGUAGAAUCAAGCUCCAAGGGCCUUGGAGUAGUUCAUUUGAGCAAAUUGCACUUUUGCAAAUCCUAAGCCAAUUUCUUACAUUAGAAGAAGUACCAUUCAAAGUCUUACAAGUGAUUCAAAUCAAGUUAAUUGAGAUGUUAGAGAAAGGAAAUCCUCCACCAUCAAUGGCAGAUGAAAGAUGGCAAGCAGAAUUGAAAAAAACUAUGAAUAUCAAUGGAGUCAGAUAUUUGGAGUAUGUCAAGAAGCUCAGUGGAAAAGACCUUCAUGACUUUUUAACCAUGCAGAAAGGACUAGGAAAAUAUGGUAUAUGCCUGGCUGGGAAUUGGUCCCCUGAAGAUCAAAAAGCACUUUUCCAAUUCUGGUUAUCUGACAGUGUGAGAUUUUACUCAAUGAUAAGGCAUAAGCCACAACUUCAAUUUGUUUUGGAAACUCAAUUUGUGCAGACCAAGUUCAUUGAAGCGGUCAAGUCUUUGGAUACUGCAAUCUCAGCUGAUGAUCUGCCUGGGACACUAAUAUUCAAGUCAUGGGCUCAAUUAACUUUACAGACAUACUCCAACACCGUAGUAGAUUACAUACAAUCUCUCAAAGAAGACAAGGCUAUUGAUGAUUUUAUCUCAAUGCAACACUCCAUCCGUCCCUAUGGAUUGCAGAUAUCCCAAAACACAACAAAAAUGGAUCAGAUCAAGGUUAUCCACUUCUGGGCAAGGCAUAUUUGUGGAUUUGAAAUCAACAGAUACAUUAUACCUCCGAGGUUGUUAUCUCCUUUCAAAGAUGUUAGUCAUGGUGUCUAUGUAGCCGAUUUGAUAGUGGCUCGGUCUCUCCUAACACUAUUAACUCAAAGCCCUACCAUUGAUCAGGCUUGCAACCCCUAUUUGAGUCACCCAACCCACUUAUCAAGACAAAUAUGGAUGUCCAGCCUACAAACUAGAAAUCUUGAAGAAUGGGACUGA